CGAAGAUAAGCACAUUGAGUGGGCUCAGCGCUGCUUGCUCCCAAUUUCAAACACCCCAGCUGGGAUUGGUGCAACACUCAUGUGACUGAGGCUCUCUAUAUAGUUUUGCUCACAGUCAUCUUUUUAUUCUUGUCAAAGAAAAAGAAGAUAAAAGACGACAUGUCUAAGAUUUGGAAGGGACUCGUAGGACUGUCUGCUUGCUGGUGUCUUUUGACACUUGUUCAUUGUUCGUCUGAAACUGAUGCAGCCUACAUAUGCAACGCCAAUCAGUUUAAGUGCGGAAAUGGGAGGUGCAUCACCCGCAGGUGGAUUUGUGAUGGAAGUGAUGAUUGUGGUGAUGGAACUGAUGAGCUGCCCGCUAGCUGCGGAGUCAAAAUCUGUCGGGAUUCGCAGUUCAACUGUGGCGAUCCCACGAGCCAGUGCAUAUCAAAAGACUGGCAAUGUGACGGCAAAGCCGACUGUACUAACGGCGCUGAUGAGAAAAACUGCACGGCCAAAUAUUGUGACGAUCAUGAGUUUCGUUGUGCCAAUGGCCAGUGCAUAUCCAAGAGCUUUGUUUGCGACAGCAACGAAACCUGCUCAGAUGGCUCAGAUGAGGUUUCCUGUUCCAACACCACCUGUAGCCCUCACUCCUUCCAGUGCAACAACUCAGUGUGCGUGCCGGCGGUGUGGCGCUGCGAUGGAGACAUUGACUGCCCCGAUGGGUCUGACGAGUGGCCCCAGAACUGUGAGGGAAGGGAACCAGAGAAGAAAACACACUGCCAAACUCAUGAGUUCCAGUGUGUGAAUGGGAGUUGUAUCAAAGACAACUGGAAGUGUGAUGGAAUGUUUGACUGCCAGGAUGGUUCAGAUGAGACUAACUGCACGGCCAAGCAGUGUGACGACCGUGAGUUUCGUUGUGCCAAUGGCCAGUGCAUAUCCAAGAGCUUUGUUUGCGACAUCGACAACGACUGCUUAGAUGGCUCAGAUGAGGCUUCCUGUUCCAAAACCAACUGUAACCCUCACUUCUUCCAGUGUAACAGCUCAAUGUGUGUGCCUGCGGUGUGGCGCUGCAAUGGAGACAUUAACUGCGACGAUGGGUCUGACGAGUGGCCCCAGAACUGUGAAGGAAGGAAGCCAGAGAAGACGUGCAGACCUCACGAGUUCCAGUGUGCGAAUGGGGACUGUAUCCCUGGCAACUGGAAGUGUGACGGAGGGUUCGACUGCCUCGAUCAUUCGGACGAGGCUAAUUGCACUCAUUCCACUUGCCGCUCAGAUGAGUUCCAGUGUAAGGACGGCACCUGCAUUAACAAAAACCUCCAAUGUAAUGGACGUGCUGACUGCGGGGACCUCACUGAUGAGAUUGAAUGUGAUACAGUAUGUGAAGGCCCAAACAAGUUCCAGUGUCGCAGUGGGGAGUGCAUCGACACGGAGAAAGUGUGCAACAAGCAGAACGACUGCAAGGACGGGUCUGAUGAACCAGCGAAAGAGUGUGACAACAAUGAGUGUCUGACCGGAAAUGGCGGCUGCUCUCACUACUGCAACGAUCUGAAGAUUGGCUACAACUGCUCCUGCCCUGCUGGAUACAGGCUGAAGGCGGACAACAAAACCUGUGAAGACAUUGACGAAUGUGCUGAGCCAGACACUUGCACUCAGAUCUGCAUCAACUUGCCAGGCAGCUACAAGUGUGAUUGUGAAGAGGGCUAUAUGAUUGACCCUGCGACCAAAACUUGCAAGGCUGAAUCAGGCACAGUGCCCACCUUGUACUUCACCAUCAAACACGAGGUGAGGAAGCUGACAGUGGACCGCAGCGAGUACGUGCGUGUGAUCCCACAGCUGAAGAACGCAGUGGCUCUCGACAUGGAUAUGCCAAACAAGAUGAUCUUCUGGUCUGACCUGUCUCUGAAGAAAAUCUACAGCUCUAUGAUAGAUGUGGCUGGCAAUUCCUCUCACCACAAUGUGGUGGUUGAAAGUGGGAUAGAGGCCCCAGAGGGCAUUGCGGUGGACUGGAUCCAUGGCAACAUCUACUGGACUGACAGUGUUUUGAAGACUAUUUCUGUAGCAACAACGGAUGGCGGUAUGAGGAAGACCCUGAUCGCAACGGACCUGGACAAGCCACGAGCCAUCACAGUCGAUCCAGUAAACAAUUUGAUGUACUGGACAGACUGGGGUGAAGAAGCUAAGAUUGAGAAGAGUGGGCUGAACGGUGCAGAUCGCACUACUUUAGUAAAAGACAACAUUGUGUGGCCGAAUGGCAUCACCCUGGACAUGGUCAACCAACGUCUAUACUGGGUGGACGCCAAGCUGCACUCUCUCUCCAGCAUCGAUGUGAAUGGAGGGGCCCGACACAGUCUCAUUAUUAAUGAGGAAAAACUCUUCCACCCACUCUCCCUGACAGUCUUUGAGGAGAAAGUAUUUUGGACAGAUAUGAGGAAAGCUGCUGUGUUUAGUGCCAACCGCUUGACAGGAAGCGACAUCACUGAGCUGGCAAAGAACCUGGGCCAGCUAAAAGACAUCGUACUGCACCACAACCUCAAGCAGCCAGCCAGUGCAAACUGGUGCACGAAUGGAGGUUGUGAGUUCCUGUGCCUACCUGCCCCUCAGAACGACCCACAGUCUCCCAGAUACACCUGUGCCUGUCCUGAUGGCAUGGUCCUGAGACCUGACAUGAAGAAAUGCGUGGCAGACAACAACAAGUGUUUGACCGGAAAUGGCGGAUGCUCUCACCACUGCAACGAUCUAAAGAUUGGAUACAACUGCUCAUGCCCUGCUGGAUACAGGUUAAAAGCAGACAACAAAACCUGUGAAGACAUUGAUGAAUGCACUGAGCCGGACACUUGCAUUCAGAUUUGCAUCAACCUGCCAGGCAGCUACAAGUGUGAUUGUGAAGAGGGCUAUGAGAUUGAACCUGCCACCAAGACCUGUAUAAAAAGUUAUAUAUAAAAAGUUAAUGCAUUGGUAUUGAUGACCAAUAUUAAUACUACAUUUUACUAUACUGCCACCAAUUGUCUGUUUUGUCGUAUCCACUUAUGGAUGCCAACAGGAGGACAAAUGACCAAAUCUUGGAAUAAACAUAACCAUGUAACACUCACUGAGUUACAGAAAAUGUUUGAAAUGUCAAACAUGGGUCUUAAGGUCAAAUAUUGCCAUCAUAAGUUUCACUAUUAAAACAUUAGCUUCCUUUAAAUCAGUUACCUGUAUUUUCUAAUUCUUGGACAAACUGUAAAUAAUUCCUUAUAUAACCUGAAGUCUGUGCUUUACUCAGUAUUGUUUCACACCUUUAAGGAAAUAAACACUGAAGGCCAA